GUUGCGUGAUAACUGCUUCGCUAUGGGUAUAGCGCUUAAAACAGACCGCAACGUCAUUCCUCGGGCUCUACCGCUGCCCUUCUUCUCUGGCUGCGUGUCAAUGACCGGGAUCGGCAGUAAAGAGGAAGCGACUUUGGCGUUGCUUGUCACGGAUCCUGGAAUUCUCUCCUCCGCAAUGCGUCCGAGCACUCGGUUCUCCUUCCCGAUCGUACAAGUAGCAGGGGGUUCACCACCGGAACGUCUGUUCACGUUCACGCUGGGAGGCGGAACGCGUCGAAUGGUAUUAGGCGAUCCUUGUGGUCCUUUCUGUUGAACACACCCCUCGACCACGAUGAUAGUGGUGGGUCGGUGCUGGUUGAACAUUACGGUUGCUCGCUUCCCCGGGCCGGCCGCCACCCUCGGUACGGCCUUCGGCGCGUCGGCUGCGAUUGUCUUCCGCCUGUCACCAGUAGGAGUGACGGGGCUGGGAGGCAACAUGGCAGUAGUUUGGGGUCGCGGCGGUCUCCUCGGCGUUGCCGGGAUAGAUGUCGGCGCCGGACAAGCUACGCUCUUCCUGGCGGCAGCUCGAGCGGCCGUAUGGAUGGGUACCGGACUGGGCAGUCUACUCGGACGUUUAGGCGACGGAGUAUCCGGCCGCAGGCUUUUAGGUCCGAUGAAGGACUGGCGUGGCGGGUACUUCACUCCACAUGGGACGGGGGUCACCCUCAUCCCGAUCCUGCUCCGCACUAUCCCAUCAUAGACAAUAUUGUCUGAGGAUGAACCGCUGGACGAGAAGGAGCCGCGCGUCGCCAUGGAGACGCUCUGGUGAAGGGGAGAAGGACCUCGCAGUGCGGGGACGGAUACGACGCGGCGAUCGCUCAAGAAAUGAGGAGACGGGCUCUGAUC